AUGUGCGACCGGCGGAAACAGGCCUGGGCCGCCGUUGUCAUCGGCAACGUGUUGAUCUACACCGUUGUUAUCGCCAGCCCGAUCUAUGUUCCUCAAUUUCAACCAGGAAGCACGGGAAGAAACAUCAGGCACUUGCCCUGCGUGUCACGCAGGAGCGGUGAGACCGGUGUGUGCAUGUUUGCGUUUACCUGCGCGAAGGCUAAUGGCACGCAUCUCGGUACCUGCAUCGAUCGCUUCUACUUCGGUAGCUGCUGCAAGAUUGACGACGAACCAGACAUCUUCCCGCAGGACAAUAGCAUCGACGACGGUCCGCCGCCGCCAAGGCCGUUUAUCACGACCCACAGGCCCAUCGGGAGCAGCGGCAUACCGGAAUACUUCGCGAGGCCUAAGCCGGUUGAUGAAAAGAAACCAGUCGAGACUUCGCAAAUCACGACGACAUCUGCAGUCUUGAGUACGCAAAGCACGCAGACUUCGGCAAAUACGAUGAGGGACACAACGAAGCUCGUGACAAAGAAACCAACGAUUACGACGAUAGAAAUGACUACGCAGACUACUCGCCUCUCGACGUUCCAAACCGUGCAAAACGCUGCCGGACCUAGCACAGAAGCCACAUCGUUUAAGAAAACCAACACUACUGUAAAUAUUCCAUCGAGUGUAUCUCCAAGUACAACGAGGCAACCUACGAAACCGUCCACUUUGUCCUCUACCGUACGACCUAGCACCGUGAAUGUAACGAAAUGGACAACUGUUGCGACAUUUUUUAAUCAGACCACGAAGAAACCGAUUGUCUCCUCGACAACAGCACAGAGACCAACGGUGCAAAUCUCCCAAAAACCUCUCUCUUCGACUACUCACAAACCGAUUGUUCAAUACGAAUCGACCACGACUACGACGAAGAACGUUCUCGCGACUACUACGCAGAAAAUAGUGCCUUCGACCAGAUUUCCACCCAGAAAUACGACCUCCGUCAAACCACUGGCUCAGACAAUCACAAAAAAACCUAGCACUACUGGGACAACAAAACACCCAGUGGUGACCACAAAGAAACCUACUACAUUGACAAAGAGACCGUCAACUUCUUCAAAACCUCUCAGCUCGAGUUCCAGCUUUGGCACAACAUUGCCAGUAACGACGAAGCCUCACUCAACAUCUGGAUCGUUCAGCAAUGUUGGAUCUUCCAGCGUGAGUGCCGAUCGAGUAACGGAAAGUACUUUAGCCUCCACUGGGAUUAGACCAUCGACUGCGACGACAGCAACUACGAGCGCAAGCAGUCAGAGAACUACCGUUACGACGAAGAGUCCAGAUCAGAAAGUGACUAUUACAAAAACGACGACGCCGAAAACAACCUCCAAGACAACAACAAAAUCAUCGACGAUCAAGACAACCACCGCUAGAUCGACAACAGCUAAAACAACAAUCAACAAAUCGACUACGCCUAAACCAUUGUCGUCGACUACCACGACGAAGUUAAAACCUACUAAAAUCACUAGUACGACAACGAAGACCACCAAACCCGAUUACACGAGCACCACGACGACCACGGAGAGAACGAGGCCGUUGUCGUCAACUGUCGGUUCAACGGUUGGCAUUACGAAACCAAAACCCAGCACAACGAAGCCAACACCCUUGACAAAGCUGCCCGUGAACACAUCCAGCAUCGUGGAGGUCACUACGAGUAUCUCGAGUUCGAUAUCCACGUUUACCGUUAGGAAUGAGAGCACCUCGACCCACGUAUCUCCUACCAAAGGUCAGAAUGUUAAUCACACCCUCGAGGAGAUCCCGUUGACUACCUAUUCGCCAGGAUUAGUAACGUGGAGCUCGAACUCUGAUGAAAUUUCCACGAAGGCACCCAACGUAACGUCCUCGUCAACGUCAACGGCAGCUACAUCGUCAGCGGCUACUGAUUGGUCACCGAUAACAACUCCGGAUGGUUGGGUAAUGAUUCAGUCGCCUACCACCGAAAAGUUACCGCAGACUCAAGAGUCGACGACCGAACCGGUUGCGGAAUCCACUAUACAGUCUUUGACUUCUGUCAAUCCGAUAACAGAGAGCACUGUCAUCCCCCACACCACAAAGAGACCAACUCCGUCUCUUGUGACCACUUCGUCAACGAUCCCCAGCGUUACGAUCGACAUGGAACUUCCGGUACCGAUGGAGACCCUCAAUAUGUCAGACUACAAACAAGUGUGCGGACGAAGAUUGUUCCCGGAGCCCAAGAUCGUCGGCGGUGAUCGAAGUGCCUUCGGAAAGUGGCCUUGGCAGAUCUCAUUACGUCAAUGGCGAUCGCAGACGUAUCUGCACAAAUGCGGCGCGGCAUUGUUGAACGAGAACUGGGCCAUUACCGCAGCGCACUGCGUCGAAAGCGUGCCACCAAGCGAUCUAUUGUUGAGGAUCGGCGAACACGAUUUAGCGAAUGAAGACGAGCCGUACGGGUAUCAGGAGAGAAGAGUGCAGAUUGUAGCAAGCCAUCCGCAAUUUGACGCGCGUACCUUCGAGUACGAUCUCGCUCUAUUGAGAUUCUACGAGCCUCUUCUACCAUUCCAACCGAACGUCUUGCCGAUUUGCCUGCCCGACGAUGAUGAAACCUACGUUGGUCGUACCGCCUACGUUACUGGCUGGGGUCGACUUUACGACGAGGGACCACUACCGUCUGUGUUGCAAGAAGUUGCAGUACCGGUUAUCAAUAAUACUGUAUGCGAAGCAAUGUAUAGAAACGCAGGUUACAUUGAGCACAUUCCGCAUAUAUUUAUUUGCGCCGGCUGGAGGAACGGCGGAUUUGAUUCUUGCGAGGGUGAUAGCGGCGGUCCGAUGGUCAUCCAAAGAGCGCGAGAUAAACGAUGGGUUCUUGCCGGAAUCAUUAGCUGGGGAAUCGGUUGUGCCGCGCCAAAUCAGCCUGGUGUUUAUACGCGUAUCUCGGAAUUUCGCGAGUGGAUCAAUCAGAUCUUGCAGUUCUGAGCAUUUCAAAGAGCGUGCUUGAAAUUCGCGCUUUUGCGUCGCGCCGACUCCUACGGACGUUUGUAACAAUCGCCAAGCGGACGGACGGCACCAUCUGCCGGAGCUGUGAGCUAAGUGCAAUUUAGUGGAAAAAUCUAAGAAGUCUCAGCGCGGGGAUUCACAGAGAUCUGUGCGCGUGUUGCGAACUCGGACAACAUGUGGAGCCACUGAUUCGAUUUUCGCGUGUGAAGUCGCGACGUAUGUACGCGCGAUUUACCGAAUAGAUCCGAUAUGUUACAAGCAACGAUACGGUAAAGGAACAAAAAAUAGUAUCAAUUUUCGAUAUCGGAAACACUAUCAGUGAUAAGCACAUUGGACUUUGUGACAAAGAAUCGAAAUUCUCGAUCAACAAAGAUUCCUUUAUCUAGAAUCAAUUUAAAAUAAUUAACUUCAGGACAUGGCACUACUUUCUUUAAGUAAAUUAUUCUUUUAAAUAUCUAGAAGCUGUUCAGUACAUUAAUUUCUUAAGUUUUAAUCUUCUAUCAAACAUGUGUUGAUUAUUUCUUUUUAAUGUGUUCAGUUUGCUCAAAGCCUGAUUUAACGAAAUAUGAAAAUACAUGUGACUGCGCUAAUGAAUGAAUCUAGAAAGAAAAGUUAGAUCUGUUUUUAAUUUGUUAUUAAUUUAAUAAUAUAAAAAAUACGCUAAUUAAAUAUGUUUAUUUAAUCUCCGC